UCCUUAUUUUACAGUUGUCCAUAUUUAUCUGAGCAGAUUACACCUGCAAUUCCUGCAGUUGGAGCAAUUCUAUUCUUUUUUGUUAUGGGGACCUUGCUACGUACUAGCUUCAGUGAUCCUGGAGUCCUGCCUCGUGCAACACCAGAUGAAGCAGCAGAUCUAGAAAGGCAAAUAGGUAACACAGAAGACAUUGCAAAUGGCUCUAGUGCAGGAGGAUACCGUCCACCUCCCAGAACAAAAGAAGUAGUCAUUAAUGGACAGACAGUGAAAUUAAAAUAUUGUUUCACCUGCAAGAUUUUCCGUCCACCCCGUGCCUCACAUUGCAGCCUUUGUGAUAACUGUGUUGAACGGUUUGAUCAUCAUUGUCCCUGGGUAGGCAACUGUGUGGGGAAAAGAAACUACAGAUUUUUUUAUAUGUUUAUUUUAUCUCUGUCAUUUCUGACAGUUUUUAUAUUUGCAUUCGUUAUUACCCACAUCAUCCAUCGAACUCAGAAAACAGGAUUUUUAACUGCACUUAAAGACAGUCCUGCAAGUGUCCUAGAAGCUGUGGUGUGUUUCUUCUCCGUUUGGUCCAUUGUUGGGCUCUCAGGUUUUCAUACUUAUUUGAUCAGCUCCAAUCAAACAACAAAUGAGGAUAUCAAGGGAUCUUGGUCAAAUAAAAGAAGCAAAGAAAACUUCAAUCCUUAUAGCUAUGGCAACAUUUUCACUAAUUGUUGCUCUGCACUUUGUGGGCCCCUCUCUCCUAGUUUAAUUGACCGAAGAGGAUUUAUACAGCCAGAUACUCCACAGCCAGCAGCUCCCUCAAAUGGCAUUACAAUGUAUGGGGCCACACAGUCUCAGAGUAAUAUGUGUGAUCAAGAUCAGUGCAUUCAGAGCACUAAAUUCGUUUUGCAGGCUGCUGCCACCCCACUCCUCCAGAGUGAGCCCAGCAUAAGUAGUGAAGAGCUGCCUUUACCAGGAAAAAACACUCUUGGUGCUCCCUGUACCAUGGUGACACUAGGACAACCAACACCCCCCUCUUCCAUCCCAAAUCUCACAUCAGAAACAAGUUUGGCAGAAAUGAUACCAUUAAAAGAGGACCCUGAAAGUCAUCAGUUUCUUACUCCUGAAGAAGCUCCAUCACCACCUGGGAUGUUGCCACUUGGGUACUCCAUGACACACAGCCGUACCAUGCACAGCCUCAGCCUGGUUAGCCAGGAUUCACUGCAUGAAGACUCAGUGCGUGGCCUUGUAAAACUCAGCUCAGUCUAAGCAAUUUAGAACAUGACAAUGGUUAAACCUUAUUUAACUCCAACAGCAAUGCAGCCUUUGGGCUUUGUGACAUGUAUACAUCACUGAAAAUUAUUAUGUAAAAAAACCUAUUGAAAGGACAAAUUAUUUUUGUGCCGUGAAGUAAAAAUUACAUUUGUUUUAUAGCCAAUUUAUUGGUGGCUUGGAUUUGAUGAUUACAUUGUUAAAUAACAAAUUCAGUUGAAAUUUGUUUGGUGAUUUAUAAUGUCCAGCAGCUUGGAAUCCUGGUACUACAAACUUGAUUAUUAUAGUACUUAAAACUAUGAAUGGAUAUAAGCAUCAUAUUCCAUGUUUUAUGAAGUUCCUUGUUGUAAUAUCUCCUUUGUAGCCAGACAGUACUGUGCUACUCAUAUUUGAAACAGAAGAUUACCAUUUGAUGAAUGCAAAAUCAAUAAGGGUUGCAAUUGUGGAUUUGCAUGCCACGCUACAGUGGGUGUUACAGUAGUGUUGGUAUUUGAAAGACAGUGCUGCUUUACUGUUUGUAAGUACCAAAGUGCUGUUCAUUGUAAGAGGCAGUACAACAAACAAUAUAAUUUUUUUCAAUCAACAGUUAUAAAUAAAUGAACUGGUGGUAUUUCAGUUAUGGAGGAUUACCUGUUUUUGCAUAUCAUUUAUUUUUAAUGUGAAAUAACAUAACUGUGUUGUGCCAUAACAUAGAUUUCUCUCUACCCAUCCCCACCUGUGAUCACAUGAGAUAUUCAAUAAGAUGGCAUUCUCUGUUUCUUUGAAUAUGUAUAUGUACAGUUAUAUCCAUACAAAGCUGACGCAAAACAGCAAUGUUGUAAAACAAAUUACUUUUUUCCUAAGAUUAUACCAUUAAGCAGCCCAAAGGAACCCCUAAGACCCAAUUAUGGAUUGUUCUGAGUAUUGUAUGCAGUUUUAUAUAUAACCUACUUAAUUUUGUGAUGCUAUAAGGCUAUAAUUGAUCUGCUUGUUAAAAAUUACUUUACAUUAGUGGGUUGGACUGAGAAAUCUUCCAUUUUCAAAAGGACUUUGAUCCAGCAGAGGUUUCCACAAAAGAUUGCUCCUUACAUCAUUUAAAAACAUGCUCCACAAAGGGACCAUAUAGAACACCAUGGAGUUGAUGUGAAGGUAUUGGGCAAGAAAGAGAACUGGUGAAAAGGGGGAGGGGGAAGCUUUCUCCCUCUUAAUGAUUUCAGGAGCUACCACUGUUCCUUGAGGGAUUUCUUUAAAAUUGAGGCUCAUAGAAAAAGUAAUGAGGAAUCUUUCAGUAGAAGGCUUGAAAGGUAAAGAUACUCAUGUUCUUAACUUUGUUAGUAGACGGACAAAGGUCACUAGAAGGUCCCUAAGCUGUUUGUGAUUGAUAACUGCCAUUCAGCCACCAUUGUUAUCAACUAUGUUUCAAUUUCAGUUUAAAAUUGUGAUUGAUGCUUGAUACUAGGAAAUUUCUUAUGGCUUAAAGAAAAGAUAUUCCCUCAGGGAUAACAAACAUAAUAUGAAUUUAAAUGUUGCAAACCAUUGCAUUUUGUCUUGGUUUUAAGAUGCUAGGACCUGCAAUACCCUUUUCUCAGGACAAAGUUUAGUGCAAAGUUUGGUGUGUGUGCGUGUUUGUGUGUAUGCAUAUACACAUACAUACAUACACACACAGACACACACACAGCAUAACUGCAGGCAAGUACACUUAAAAACUGGGAUUGCGAAGAAAUGAAUACAUUGCAUCUCAAAGAAACUGAAAAAAUACCUUUAAAAGGAAAAAAAAAAGCACAAUGUUUUAAUUGGAAUAAGGCCAUCUCUACUAUUACAGAAAUGCCAGGUGACUUACUGCGAAGAAAAACCCUCACACUGUGUACAAUUUUGUUUUUGUUUUUGUUUUUUUU